AUGUUGCCCGUAACCGUCGCUCUCUUCCGCCACCGUCUCCGGCACUCGUGCCACCGCAUUAGAUUUCACUCCACCGCUAAUUAUCCUCCUCCUCCUCACUCUUUCCAUUUGCCGCUCAACCACCCUACCUACUUCAUUUGGUCAGCCAACACUUCUCUUGGCAAAACCCUCGUAUCUACCGGCAUCUCCGCCUCUUUCCUCCACCAACAACCUUCUCCUUCCGCCGGAAAUUCCAGAAAACUCCUCUAUUUGAAACCUAUCCAAACCGGCUUCCCUUCCGAUUCCGAUUCUCGUUUCGUCUUCUCCAAACUCAAUUCCCUCUCCCUCCGUCUCCGGACCCCUCUUUCCACCUCCAACUCUGUCCUCCGUUCUUCAAUCCCCGCAGCAGAGUCCAUGGGAAAACGGAAUGUCGAAGCCAGCGAGACUGGGAUGUGCGAUUUGAAUUUCCGCGAGGAGAAGAUUGUCACCGGAGCUCCGGAACUCCUCUGCAAGACGAUGUACGCUUGGGAGGCCGCUAUCUCACCUCAUUUAGCGGCGGAGAGGGAAAACGCGCCGGUAGAAGACUCCGUCGUGCUCCGGAUGCUGGAAAAUUGCUUGACGGAAGAGAUGGAGCGUGGAAUUAAAACCGAGAAAACGGAUUUACUCUGUUUGGUGGAGACUGCCGGCGGAGUCGCCAGUCCCGGACCGUCGGGAACUCUCCAGUGCGAUCUCUACAGGCCGUUUAGAUUGCCCGGAAUUCUCGUCGGAGACGGUCGUCUCGGUGGUAUCUCAGGGACUAUUGCAGCUUACGAGAGUUUGAAACUUAGAGGAUACGAUAUUGCUGCUGUUGUAUUUGAAGAUCAUGGCCUUGUUAACGAAGUUCCAUUAACGUCAUAUUUGAGGAACAAAGUACCGGUGCUCGUGCUUCCUUCUGUUCCCAAGGACCCUUCAGAUGAUCUUGUUGAGUGGUUUGUUGAGUCUGAUGGUGUGUUUAAAGAUUUGAGAGAGGUUAUGAUGACAACUUAUUUGGAGAGAGUAGAGAGAUUAAACAGCAUGGCGAAGCAAGCCGGAGAGGUUUUCUGGUGGCCGUUUACUCAGCAUCAGCUUGUGCCUGAAGAAAAAGUGAUGGUUAUCGACUCACGGUGUGGUGAACAUUUUACCAUAUACAAGGGUUCGGAUAACGGUUCUCUUACCCAGCAAUUUGACGCUUGUGCAAGCUGGUGGACACAGGGGCCAGAUCCUGCUUUCCAGGCUGAGCUUGCUAGAGAAAUGGGUUACACUGCUGCUAGGUUCGGGCAUGUUAUGUUCCCUGAGAAUGUAUAUGAACCUGCCUUGAAAUGUGCUGAGCUCUUAUUAGAUGGAGUGGGAAAAGGAUGGGCUUCUCGAGUGUACUUCUCGGAUAAUGGAUCUACAGCAAUAGAAAUUGCCCUGAAGAUGGCGUUUCGUAAGUUUUGUGUUGAUCAUGAGACCCUAUUGAAUUUUUGCGAGGAUACAGAAGAGAAAGAGCAUAUUGUGGUUAAGGUCCUAGCACUUCGAGGGUCUUACCAUGGGGAUACUUUAGGAGCGAUGGAAGCACAAGCACCAUCACCUUAUACAGGCUUUCUCCAGCAGCCUUGGUACACUGGAAGAGGCCUGUUUCUGGACCCUCCUACUGUCUUUCUAUCCAAUGGAGCGUGGACUCUCUCCCUCCCUGAAUGUUUCUCUCAAACUGCCUCAGAAGAAUGUAAAACCUUCACCACUCGAGAUGAGAUCUUUGACAAAAGCAGAGACGCAUCAGUUCUUGCAACAAUCUAUUCGUCCUAUGUAUCACAGCAGUUGCAAGAAUUUUCUGGAACUGCACAAUCCGCCCAUGUUGGAGCACUGAUAAUAGAACCAGUAAUCCAUGGAGCUGGAGGAAUGCACAUGGUUGAUCCGCUUUUCCAACGAGUUCUGGUCAGUGAGUGCCGGAGUAGAAAAAUCCCAGUCAUUUUCGAUGAAGUGUUCACAGGUUUUUGGCGUCUUGGAGUAGAGACUACUUCUAAACUUCUCGGUUGCAAACCGGACAUAGCUUGCUACGCUAAGUUGAUGACCGGUGGAAUGGUUCCUUUGGCUGUUACUCUUGCCACAGAUGCUGUAUUCGAUUCGUUUUCUGGAGAUUCAAAGCUUAAAGCCCUGCUUCAUGGUCACUCAUACUCAGCUCAUGCUAUGGGUUGCGCAACAGCCGCCAAAGCCAUCGAAUGGUUCAAAGAUCCAGAGACUAACCAUAACAUCACUUCACAAGGAGGAACCUUAAGAGAGCUGUGGGACGAAGAACUUGUGCAACAAAUAUCAUGUCACUCUGCUGUUCAGAGAGUGGUUGUAUUAGGAACACUUUUUGUUCUUGAACUUAAAGUAGAUGCUUCGAAUUCCGGGUAUGCUUCGUUAUAUGCAAAGUCUCUUCUAGAGAUGCUCCGGGAAGACGGAAUCUUCAUGAGACCUCUCGGAAACGUCAUAUACCUUAUGUGCGGCCCUUGCACGUCGCCUGAAAUUUGCAAGCAGUUGCUCACUAAGCUCUACAAAAGACUCGGAGAAUUCAACAGAAAAUGA